CACACGCCUCAUCCUAAAUCUAAUCACUAAUUCACUUAACAUGUGAUAUAAACGGUGAGAAAUCUUUCCCUAUGAAUUAACAAUAUACUUCUUCGUCAAUGUAUAACCAGAAGUGAGAUGAAAGGAAUGUCAUCCGAUUCACCGAUUUCAAGUAAUAUAUUACUAAUUAGUAGAAAAAUUAGUAAAAUAUUAGCGAAUUUUGUUAAAUAUCUAAAAACUUCUAAGGACGACAAGGCGACUCAUUUAAACUCUGAAACAAACCAGAAUGCUAAUCAACCAAAAUCGAUAGACAGUCAAGAGAAGACGUCAGCUAAUCAACAUAACAGUGUGAAUUACAGCUAUGAAAAUUCCUCCACUGUCAGUAUACACUUAAGUGAGGCUAACAAGCCAUCCGCAUCAACAUCGUCGUCGUCAACACUGGUACUACCAACGCGAAUACAAACAAUCCAAACACCUAAAGAAUCAUUAAAGCGAAGACUGUUUAAAUCCCCGCCUAAUUCAAAUUCGCGGCAAAAAUGUAAGCAGUCAUUUAAACAAACUACUACACUUAAAGAAAUUGAAUCAAAACCCAAUAUUGAAGCAUCUUUAAGCGGAAUCGAUGAUGAUGAUGAUGAUCAUAAAAGUGAAUGGAAUUCAAUGUCUACAGAAAAUAACAUCAAAAAAAGUCAAGAGAAUGAAUAUGAACAAAUGGGACAAUUACAACCAUGGCCUAUAAGUACUAAUUUAAAUUUUUUACAACGGAAGAAUCAAUUCUAUGAUAUAAACGAUGAAGAUAUUCCUGUGUCAUCUAAUUUAAUUAUUAAAAUACACGCAGAAUAUUUAUUGAAUGCAUUAAAACAAUCUAAUGUUCAAUUGUCAAGACGUGAUUUAGAAAUACAGCGUUUAGCUGCAAUUAAUAAACGAUUAGGUGAACAAUAUACUCGUUUGAGAACACAGUAUGUAGAGUUGUCAAAUGAACAAGCUAGACUUCGACAACGUUAUGAUAUGAUGACUUUACAAAUCAUGAAUAUGGAAAGAUUACAAACAGUAAAUAAACAAUUAGAGACAGAACUGCAAGAAACUCGUCAGAAAUUAUUGUCAACACAAGAGCGAGAUAACCAGAUUAUUCGACACAUUGGACGUAUGGAAGCUGAGGUGAAAGACAACACUUUGGAUAAGCACAAUACAGAUGCUAUCAUUGCAAAUUUAAAAGCUGAACUUAACCGGAAACAAGCAAAAAUUGAUGCACUUACAUUAAAACAGCAUAAAGAUGCAGCACGUGAAAUACAAGCUCGGUUUAUACUGAAUGAAUUGAUUGAGCUGAAAGGAAAUCUACGUGUUUUUGUCCGAUGUAUCAAUCUUUCAAAUGAAGAAAGUGCAUUCACUAGUUUCAAUGGUGAUACGUUAAUAGUCAAGCCAAUACCAAAUUUAUAUCCAUUACAAGAAUAUUCUAAACGACCUCAUGUUAACGCCUACAAAGUACAUCGUCUCUUUCCACCGAAUACACCACAAAAGUCUAUUUACACAGAAGUUCGUCAGUUGGUUACAUCAUGUAUAGAUGGAUACACUGUAGCUAUAGUCACAUAUGGUCAAGCAGGUACAGGUAAAACGUAUACAAUACUUGGUGCACAAAGUCAACCUGGUAUUAUACCGAAAGCUGCUCGUCAAUUAUUUACAGAGUGUAAACAACGUCAACCUGCUUGGACUUAUCAACUAAGUAUGGUGGUUAUACAAAUAUACAAAGAGAAUAUUUUCGAUCUUUUGGCUGAACCGAAACAACCGACUAAACCGAAUCAUUUUGAAAAGAUCAAGUUGAAUGAUAAUGGAGAGCAAAUUAUUCUACGUGGUGCAAUUGAAGAAGAAGUGAAUUCUGAAGAGGAGAUAUUAAAAGUUAUACAUAAGGCAAGAAUACGCCGUUAUGCUUCAUCAAAAAUACUCGGUGCUGCGUUAUCCAAUCUACAUUUUAUUGUAAUUAUACGUGUACGAGGAGCCUGCCUACUGGCACAUCAUGGGAAUGAAUUACAUCAACUGGGCGAAAAUAAAGCUUGUAAUGAUGAAACAUUAAUCGAUCCUGAGUUAAAGUAUGCCGAGAAUUUUGGUAAUAUGAAUGCAAAUACACCGAAAGGUUCACCAGAAUAUCGUCCCAAUACAGCAUUACCAUUUAAAGUUAUGCAAGUGAAUACUACACAAAAUAAAAGCCUACGAACUGCUACACAUGGUUUACUCAUAUUCGGUGAUUUGGCGGGUUUCGACCCAGGUGAAGAUAUAUACCAACAAAACUAUCGAAAGCAACAGAAAGACCAGCAGCAAUCACAGCAUCAUCAUGUCGGUGAGUUGAGUGCUGAAAACCCGGAGAAUAUUUCAAAUUUACCUGGAAAACAUACCGAGAAUCAGUCAUCAUCGAAUGACACAUGUGUCGAGGAAGCGAAAAGGAAAACUUCGAAAAAGGAAACUUCGAGGCCUAUCGGAAAACAUAACAAUACUCAUAAUGUUAUCUAUGAGGCAGACAGACAUAUGGAUAUUUCUCUGUUAACAUUCAACCGUGUUAUUCAAAGCUUAGCUGAAAGUGAAUCAAUGAAAAGGCCUAUGCAUAUACCAUUCAGAGAUUCAAAGUUAACGCAUCUCCUUAAACCAGCUAUGUCGAAUGAUGCUAAAUUUCUCUUGAUUAUCACAUUAAAUAUACAAAAAUCAUGCUUAAAUACAAGUUUAAAAAGUUUACAGCUAGCUAAAAUGGCUUCCACUAUUUGUUUUGGUAAAGCUAAACAAAAUAUUGCUGAUAAAAAAGGCAUACAUACAUCAUAUCGAUAUGGAUCACAUGUCAAUUGAACAGAUUGAAUCAAACUGAGUGUAUGUGUGUGUGUUAGUGUUGGUGUGUUUUACUUUCUAGUUUUAAAUGCUGCCUAACCUGUGGAUAACUGUUUCAAUUUCAAUGAAAAGCUACAUUGUGUUCAAUUGUUCAAUAUUUCAAUUUUUGUUAUCGUUGGUGUUUAAAUUCACUCAUAUUCAACAGAGCGGAAUUUUUAAAAUUUUAAAGAUAUACUUUAUAUUUUUUUAAAGAAACAAUUAAAAAAGGAAAUACAGUGACAUACGUGAAUCGUGGAGAUUCUCAUAGAAAAGUUCCCUUCAUUGUUCCUGAAUAGCAUAUACAUGUAGAAAUGCGACAUUCAGAUGACAUGCUAUAUCG